AGCAGCAGCAGCAGCAGCAGCGGCGGUGGAGCCGCGGGCAGGCUCGAAGACGCGACGAUCACCGCCGCCGAGUGAUGCCGUCGUGUGCCGCCGGUCCUGUAGCAUUCGUGCCGUCGUCUUCGUGCCUCGCGAAGCGUCCCCGCCGAACCCUGUCAGCGGACCCUGCGGCACCGUAGGGCCGCGCGGGGUCGCGGACGUCUACUGGGCUGCACCGUCCAUGCACCGCCGGCCCCGUUCGACGUCGUGCAGACUCCGCCGCCGCUGAUCGGCCGGAAUUACCGGAAGAGCGGCAGCAGCCAGCCACCACUCAGCCAGCCACAACGCACGCGCGCUCCUUACCCCGUGGCGCGCGGGCAUGGCGUGAGCGUCGGUAAGCGCGGGACACCCCCGGGGGUCGCCGCCUGCAAUGGAGUCCCUGCGGCUGCAGGGCCAGCGCUGGAAGUCGGCGCUGCCGCUGCUGUCGUCGUCGCGCACGUCGCUGCACGGCACCGACCUGUGCUCGCCCUUCGAGUCGCUGGUCGGCAGCCUGCGCAAGAACGGCGCCGUCUUCCUCAGCAGCCUCAGCGUCGCCGACGACGCCCGGUGCGGCGGCGGCGGCGGGCCGCCCCCGUACUGCUACUCGCCACAGCGGCCGCCUGCGGUGGUCGUGCACGGCGCCGCCGUUACUACCGGGUACCACCAGGCGCAGCAGCAGAGUGCCUCGUCGCCAACUUCGUCCUCCUUCGAGUCCUGCGACGGAGAUUUGGGCUUCGACAGUGAUAACGAUGACACGAUGGAAGGUGGGGCUGUCCUGACGGUGCGGGAUGUGGCGGACGUCCUCAAAGGGAAGCACGUGAUCCUGACAGGGGGCCGAACAUGCGAGGGAUACCCGGUGCUGACGUUUCCGGACAGCGGUGCCUUUUGCAGCCUCUCCGAUGAGGACUACAGGAGGCUGAUGCAGUAUCUGACAAGUGUUCCUUUACCACAAGACGCUGAGUUAGGUUUUGUACUGGUUGUGGAUAGGAGGAAGGACAAAUGGAACUCGGUCAAGACUGUAUUGCUCAAGAUCUCAGGGUAUUUCCCAGGCGUAAUACAAGUAGUCUUUGUUCUCAAGCCUGUGGGAUUCUUACAAAAAGCGCUGUCAGAAGUCAGCAACAAAUUAUUCAAAGAAGAGUUCAAGUUUAGGUUAGUGAUGUGCAAUAACUUAGAAGAACUGCACGAGUACAUUGAUCCAGGCCAGUUGACGGAAGAUCUCGGUGGACUGAUACCCUACGACCACGAGCGGUGGAUGGAGCAACGAAUGGCGGUGGAGAUGUUCACCGGCAGCCUGAAGGAGGUGACCGAGUGUGUGCGUGAGGCGACGCAGCGGCUCCGCGACACCGAACUGCCCAAUGACGUGGGCUCCACGGUGGAGCUUCUGCGCGCCCAGGGAGGCCAGUACCAGGAGCUGAAGGAGGACCUGCUGAACGCGUCGCAGCACGGCCAUCAGCUGCUGCGCUGCGUGCGGCCGCCGUCGCCGGCACCCGCCGACCGGGCGCUCGGAGCGCCUGGGUCCUCGUCUGCGACCACCCAGAGGCUCGUCAACGUGUGCGCCGUCGAGCGGCUGCUGCAGCAGCUGCACAGCGCCGAGCACGGCUUCGACGCCUUCUGGAGCGCGCACCAGAAACGCCUGAACGAGUGCCUCGAGCUGCGCAAGUUUGAGCAGGAGUUCCGCGAGCUGCAGACCAACAUGGCGGCCAACGCGCGGGAGCUGGCCGACAUGGAGGCCGUCGGCGACUCGGUCGCCCAGGUCGACUCACUGCUGCACGAGAUGGACGAGUUCCGAGCGCUCGCCGAGGAGGACCUUGAGAAAGCAGAGCAGUUGAGGCAGACCGGCCGCGAGCUCAUCAUGGCUGGCCACUACGCCGUCGAUUCAAUCGAGCCCAAGUGCGUCGAGCUGGAGCGCAUGUGCGCAGACUUCCAAGAGAAGCUUCGGCAGCGUAUGGACGUAUUGCAACGCUACCGAGACCUUCAGGAACGCAUAGACAAGGCAAAUAAAUGGUGCAGUCAAGGUGUGGAGCUUCUGGCUACAUUGGAUAUUGAGCGCUGCUCGUCACCAGAGUUUGCUCGCGCAGCUCUUCAAGACUUGGACACAUUCCUCAACAGCUCUAGUGAGUUCAAGCUGGGCGAUCCACGCGAGUUUCACCGCUUCUUCAAGGACUUCAUCAACAGUGAAUCGAAGCCACUCCUGCAGCAGGUUUUAAAAAGGGUGGACGACGUUAAGCUGAUGUGCGAGAACAAGCAGGCGAGUCUUCGCAAGCUGGUUGCCCGACAAGUCAGGCCUGUCCAAGCUGUUGCCCCAGAGCCCUCUGCAGUUCAAGAUUCCCUGGCUUACGAUGCUGAAGCACGCCUCUAUCCUUCCAAAAAGGCAGCUCCCAAGCACGUAGAAGUUUGCUUUGCUCAAAAUGAGGGAGUGGACUCUGGCCUGCAGUCUCUGGAAAUUCUCCAGGACAAGAAAGGGCACGUCAUGACGGAGCUGAUUGAAACCGAGAAGACCUACGUUCAUGAGCUGUACAGCAUUAUUCAGGGGUACAAGAAGGAAAUGACGAACCCAGAGAUGAAACACCUCGUGCCUCACUCCCUGUACGGGAAAGCUGAUAUACUGUUUGGGAACAUGGAGGCCCUCUACCAGUUCCACAACGACGUCUUCCUACAGGACCUUCAAAACUGCCGAAGUACUCCUGAGUUAGUUGGAACCUGUUUCGUUCAAAGGAAGGAAACUUUUCAUAAACUGUACAGUGCAUAUUGCAUGAACAAACCAAAGUCUGAGGCAUUGAGACUCGAGUGUGCCAGUGACAAUGCCUUCUUCAAGGAAUGCCAAAGAAAACUGAAUCACAAGCUGCCAUUGGAUGCCUAUCUGCUCAAGCCUGUUCAGAGGAUCACAAAGUACCAGCUUCUGCUCAAGGAUCUCCUUAAGUAUUCCGAAGGUUCCGGGGAACAGUAUCAGCUGCAAGAAGCUGUGAACACUAUGCUAGAUGUGCUUAAGCAUGUAAACGACAGUAUGCACCAAGUUUCAAUAACUGGCUUCCACGGGAGCCUCGCUGACUACGGAAAGUUGCUUUUGCAAGGCAUGUUCAACGUCUGGAUGGAGAAGAAGAAAAAGGAGCGUAUGAGGGAACUGCGGUUCAAGCCCAGCCAGCGCUACAUCUUCCUCUAUGAGCACCUGGUUCUUUUCACCAAGAAGUACGGCCGAGAUGACAACCCCAGCUAUGCAUUCAAGAACGCACUGAAGACAUCGCAGAUAGGCUUGACGGAGAACUUCAAGGGUUCCAGGGGAGACAAGAGAAAGUUCGAAGUGUGGCUGCAUGGGAGGACACAGGUGUUCAUAAUUCAGGCGCCCUCGGCCGAGUGCAAGGAUUUGUGGGUGAAGAAUAUCAAGCAAGUUUUGCUGCAGCAGUUCGAACUCUUGAAAGAUGAGAGCAAGCGCCAGCACUACGAGAAGUACGAGCAGCUGAAUGGGGUUAAGCCACAGUCUCCGAGCGGCCGAGCGCGGCACACCAUCAGCGGCAUGAGCUGGGAGAGCCGGCGCGUGGCGGACAACAACAACCACAGCCGCAGCGAGUGCCAGCGGGCGAGCCGCGUGCUGGGCCGCCGGGCGACCUUCCCGGCCCUGCGCAGUUACGGCGCCAACGGCGAGCUGUCCGACCACGAGGACGGCUGGUCCACCGACGACCUCUCGCAGAGCGAGGACGACGACGACGACGGGGACAUCUUCGUCAACACUGAGGUCGGUGGCAGCUACGUUGCACUGGGAGACUACGAAGCUGUGGACGUGGGCGAGGCGUCACUGGUCGAGGGCCAGCCCGUGCAGGUGCUGCGCGUGGGCUGCGCCGGCUGGUGGUACGUGCGCUGCCUGGGAGGCGGCGGCCGCGAAGGCUGGGUGCCCGCCGCCUAUUUGGGACCCAGUGGCCGGGUGCACCACACUGCCCGUUCGUCGCCCUCCGUCAGCAGCCAAGAUUCGGGCACUGGAGGCCUUCACCAUGCCAUCAGCCGCAUCAGCAUGGCCAGCAACCUGAGCAGUACUAGUCUCGAUGGGGGCAUGUGAACUGACUGACACCAUGCGCUGUAAAUAAUGUACAGGGAGAGAACGCAGAGCGGCAACUGCUAUUGAGAACUUAUUGUGACUUUGCCCACAUACAAAGGGUUCUUUUGCCGUCGUUUUUGGGCGCCACCGCAUUCCAAAGAAAUUGACAGCAUUGUUCACACCGUCUCUUUUAGCAUUUGCGGAAGCUUCAACUAUUCGCUCCGAGAGUUUGGCAGCAAUGUGCCCUCGCUUAUGAAAAUAUUAUGUACAAAGUGCGUGAAAAGACAUGUACAGUGAGAAAGAGAGAGGAAGUUACAGGAAUAAGCUUACGUCGUGUUCAUUUCUUAUUUUCUUUUAUCGUUUAUGUUGUGAUGCGGCAACUAUAUUUAGUAACGAUACCAAAUAGUAGAUAUCAGGUAACUGCUUUGCGAUUUUGCCCGAUUGUACUUUAGUCGUACUUUCUCUUGAUUAUACGUGACGUUGUGCGAUGUGCACACCAAACGCACGCAAGUUCCCUUGUACGCCAGAGCUUUUUGUAGCGUAGCUACCUGAACACGUGCUUCAGUUUUCGUGUAAACCAUCUUUCCAGCUUUGAGGCUGCGAAUAGUCAAAAAACAAAGUAAAUACACUACUGAUUGGAACUUCCCGUGAACAUCUGAAACCGAAUUAGAUGACUGGUGGUUUUUAUUUUCCUGUCAGAAUUUUCGCAAUCUUUGCUUGCCUUUGGCACAUUUGGCCUUCGUGUCCUUGCAGUAUCUUCUGUCUUGUUCCUUAACCCCUACGACCGAAUAUACGUGCAGUCUGACCGUAGGAGCCUGGACCCGGGGUAAUACCGAAGAUCUAUCGCGAAAGUAUACGUGUCAUGCAGCAUUUCACCAAAGAUAUACAAGUAAGCUUCAACUCGGAGCUUGCACUAGAGUAGACGCUUUUCCGCAUUAUCUUUCGAGAUAAUUAACGAUCGCGAUUGUUUCACCAUGUGAUAGUGAUAACCGCCAUGGUGGCUUCAUCAGAAUGUCUUCUUUUGCGGCAAGGAUUGUGCACUCUCGUUAAGGGAACUAGGCGAUCCUAACUGUGUGAUGUCAUGAUACCUCAAAUAAGUUUACUGCUUCGUGCAUUUAAUUCGUGGCAUGGCGACACGUGUACUUGACCAAAUGACGUGCCCUUCAUCACUGUACAGAUAUACUCACGCGAGAAAAAGUUUGGUGUUCUUCUUUUUAUGAGUUACGUUUCGUCCGUGCUCGUAGAUCAGAAUGCCAGUGGAAUUUGUGAGUGUGUGGUCGCGUGAUGUCCCUAAGGUUUCUGCUGUUUCCCGGUGUUGCUUUGGAUCUUAGAUAAGCGUUUGGUGUAAGUGUACGCUGAACAGUCGUCGCACGUGCCCGAUUUGUUCACUGGCACCUGCAAUGCUUGGCUUUGUUCUCCCACUAACGUGACUCACUGUGUAUUUGAUAGCGUUUUUUCAUACUCUUUCGUACUUUAUUACACGACGUACAGACCGUUAAUUUUAGGACAAGCUUUACCGUGCAAUUCCUACGACAACGGCUUGGCGUUUUUUCAACUCGUUCUUUUUUUUCGCCUCGCUGACGUGUAUGUACAUACUGCGGAGAACGAUAUCUGCCAGCGUGGCGGGAUUCUACAAGCCUGCCUUGUAUAAGAACUUUUCUCGGCACCUGGAGCAGACUUUCCUUGUAGAACCAACAACAAUAAGCGUAUGCCGUCUACCAAAGAUUUACUGCAUUGCAGAGCUUUGCAAAUGAGUUCAAAGUACUCUGUAACCAAGGGCAACGAAAGUGUAACUAUGCUGAAAUCUAUAGCUUCCUGAUGCGAGAGAGCGGAGCCUCGUCGCGCCUUUGUCGUUUUUUUUUUUCUCGCUUUUUUUCCACACACUGUGGCGCCACGCAAGAAACUUAGUCGUUCCAAAGUUGCGUUCCACCGCUCAACUGCUCUUGCAGCCCUUUGUUGCUGUUGCAGCCACUACCAAGACUGCAUCGCAGAAAAAAAAAGUUCAAUGCCGAACGCUGUGCUACAGGAAUGUGUGCCUUCAACUUUGACUGACAAGCUGAAUGACUGGGGCCGUGACAUAGAGAGAGAGAGCGAGAGAGAGAGAAGUAGGUAGAAGUGGUAUUUCCUUUUUCUUAAGGUACAUCGACAUCAUGCCUAACGGAAGUGGAAUUGCGAGAUGAUAGGAAACGGGGGAUGCUCUUUUUUUUUCUGCACAUGUUCGGGUGGAAGCGGUCGGCUUUAAUUUUUCGAAGCUGGUGAGACGUUCUCCUCACUGUGCUGCCAAAGCCUUAACCGAGUUUCUUUCACGAAAGAGUGCGCUCGCAAACGCGCUAUCGCCGUUUGAAACGCACCAGCUUUUCUAUUUUUCUUUCUUUCUUUCUUCCACGCCACACGUCUUCCACAGAUCGGGCUUGCGCCAUAUGGCAUCGCAGGCAUGGGCCGCGGCCUUGGAGAAAAUGCCCUCACGGCACUGCAAAAUUUCUUAUCCCUUCGCUGUACAACAGAGGACGCAAAAGAAAGGAGGGAUUACCGGCGCUGAUUGUUCUGUGUGGCGUACGUUGUAUGACAUGUAAGUCCCGUCAAACGGCGUUAGCGUCGUGUCCUUGAAAAGCGCCAGGACUACCUAAUGUGGUGAUAAUCGCAUCUCUUAGGCUUCGUAUAACUGCUUUUCAGACUUCAGCUAUAAUUGCUGCAAGCAAAAUUGGCAUUCGUUUAGGCGAACGUGGCUCCUCAAUCGUGAAAACCCAUAAAGAUGUCUAAUAUGCAACACUACUCUCAUGGUCAGUAGUCUCGCAUGUCGUAUUAUAAUUUCGCAUGUAAUGUAUGAAAUAUCACCAUUUGAGAGCGUUGAAUAUGGCCGUCAUAGCGCGUAUGCGGGUUUUAGUAAGAGAUAUGGAGACGAACGCAAUAUCUUGCAUAUGAUAGUCCACACGGUCUUAUGGUGCUUGAAGGGCAUGCUGUGGAAAUAAAUUCUUUCAUAUGGAGCUUACGGGCUAUCAGAAAGCAAAAAACAAAACAAAAACAAAGAAACAACAAAAAAGACAAAGCAGUAAUGCGAAGCUUCAGCAAAGGACGCUGCAUGGUGAAGCAUAUCUGAGCUCGUUGCUUCGUAUAAAGCGAAACGGAGCCGCAUACAAGCGUUACGAAUGACUGGUGUUGCUUUAAAUGGUCUACGAGUGGACACGCCGUGUAUUCAAUGCAAGUGGAAACCGAAGACGUGGACAAGAUGUCGAGGCAGAAAAUGUCUCUUAAUUUCCCUCCCCAUAACCCUUAGCCCUCUGACAUUUGCCUCACACACCCUAUAACCAACUGAGAAGCUAUAGCUUAGCUAUUGCUCCGACUGCAGCCCUGUUGAGUAUUUUUGACAGUAUACGGCAUUAUUGAGCAGCGUCGAAGACACUGUUUCUCUAACAUUGCUAAAAGAAACUUACUGCAAUCUACACUAGUAAGAUAAUAAUAAUAAUAUAAUAAUAAAAACUAGUGAACCCAAAAUUGCGAGUGCACACAUAGGACUACCAUUUGAUUCGAAACCAAAGUUUAUAUAGUUAUAACCACGGACAAGUUUUAAUCAUCGGUGUUGUGCAAUAUCUUGAUCGAGUUCGAGCGACCGAAAAGUUCGUUCGGGAGACCGAAAGUGAGACCACAUUUGAAUAAUUGUGGCCGUAACCGACUAUUCGACGUUCCCUGUGUCGAUUGACUAAAUCAAUGCAUGCGUCGACACAGGCAAAAUUUUUUCACCUUCAGCAGCAGAACCGGUGGAAUUUACUAUGCUAGUCACGUGCUUUUCAUAGCCUUCCCUAGUGGAUAAACCUCACAUCCCGUAAGCCCCACAUCUGCUAUCACUACACCGCUCGGCUGAGUAAUAAGUAGGUUCCUAUAUGAGAUGGUUUUGUUUGACAUCGAAGUUACUGGCCCUACGGAUUUUUUUCUUUUUACUGGGGUUGGCGUAUGGACCUGCCUACUUGACGUGCGCUACACUUCUGUAAAUGUUUGAUGCUGAGAACUAGAAAAGUGUCCGAUGAAUGGCAGCUAAGUUCAGUCAAAUCCAACGAGAUAUUACAUUGGCCUCGCGGGCAUGCCCAAACGUGACGAGUUCGAUGGAAGAAAUGCAUUUCACGGCUCUGCCGCACUGACCUUGGUGCACUGUGCAUGAGCUCGUGCCCUUGCCACGCCCUUGUUUUUGCUUUCCUUCACAUGUCAGCUCUUAGAUUGUGUACGUGUUGUCUACGUGUUAUCUGGAAACGACGCGGUUCGUGCACGCUUUCAGUGCAGAGUGGAAACACUUCCUGUUUAAGUGCACGCUUAUCCUGCCUCGCCUGUGUGCAAUGCACAGUGUGCGCCGCUGUACUUACAAUAAUGUGAGAGAGAAAAAAAAGUGAGACGCUGUAAAUAGCAGUGUACUUGUGUCGCAUUGAAAGUCACGCGUUGUUCUGUGUCUGCCAAAGAAAGAAAAGAAAAUGUCUGUAUAUGAACAUUGCACUUGUGUAUAUUUGUGUUCGUCAUGAAAUUUAAGAAAAGGCUUGUGCAUUUUCAACGUCUGAUGCCAUUAAAAGUAAGUUUGGUUCCAAAA